AUGAACUCAUUCGAUGAUCAAUUGGCCAAGAGAAGGGCCCGAUUCGAACUGAGCUCUUCGUCAAAUAACACCGCUCAUUUGCUGCCAGGAUUUGUCAGUCGUGGAGAUUCAUUUCUUCGAGAUAGAGCUAACCAAACUCGAUAUUGGCAACAACUAUGCUCCCAGCUCCCUCAUAAAUUCGAUGACGUUGCUUUUGAGCUUGGCAUCGAGCAGCAAAGGCUGGUCGAGCCUGAAACCAAUUUUGAUACCUACCUUUUGAAUUUACGAAAACUCAGAGAAGCAAUUGUUGCCACACGCAAUACUGAUCUCGUUGAACAAGUGUUUGGAUUGUCAAUUAAAAUUGGAGUACGCACAGGUCAUCACCAAACGUACGUUCCUGCAAUAGGGUAUAUGCUUGCUUGUAACCGUUUUCAACAGGAGCAUACGGUGUAUCUUAUUCUCCAUUUGAUACACGUUACCCAAAAUUAUUCAGAAGCGUUAAAUUUAUAUUUCAAGCAUUUGGCGCCAUAUCCAAAAUAUCAUUAUGUUUUACAUGUCAUCCAAAGUUGGCUAUCAAAUGACUGGGCUAGAUGGUUUAAACUUUUGGAUUCCGUUCAGCUGAUACCUGAAGUGCACCAAUUGAUGAAUGUCGGCACCAAGAAGAUGCUCCAGACAAUGGUUUCAACCAUGUCAAAGGCAUAUUUUACAUAUCCGAUUGCGGACUUAUGUCUUCCAUCCAGGGUGAAGGUGGAAGCUACGGGUUGGAAAGUUGACGAUACAGGGUUUGCGAUAAUACGGGAGCGCGUCAAAAGGUGA